UGAAACAUUCCGUCAUGCAAUAUCCGUGACUAUCAAGACCUGAGACAUGAGCGGUCCGUCCUCUAAAGCCAAAGAUGAUGGCAUUACUCCCAUCCAACAGAUGGCGGCGUCCUGCUCCGGAGCUUUGCUCACGUCUCUAUUUGUCACACCUUUGGAUGUUGUAAAAAUCAGACUUCAAGCACAGAAAAAUCCCUUCCCCAAAGGCAAAUGCUUCGUCUACUGCAAUGGACUGAUGGACCACAUAUGUGUGUGUGAGAAUGGCAACAAUAAGGCCUGGUACAAAAUGUCAGGCCACUUUAAUGGCACAGCGGACGCCUUUGUUAGGAUAGUACGCAAUGAAGGAAUCAGGUCAUUGUGGAGUGGUCUACCUCCAACGCUUGUGAUGGCAGUGCCCGCGACCGUCAUCUAUUUCACCAGCUAUGACCAGCUGUGCACAAAGCUCAGGGUCAAGAUGGGCGACCACGCACAGUUCGCGCCAAUGGUGUCUGGAGCUGUCGCUAGAGUGGGCGCGGCCUCUGUGAUCAGCCCCCUCGAGCUGAUGCGCACCAAGCUCCAGUCCCAGAAACAGUCGUACCACCAGCUGGCCGCCUGCGUUCGCACGGCGGUGGAGGCGGACGGCUGGCUGUCCCUGUGGCGAGGCCUGGGGCCCACUCUGCUCCGAGACGUACCCUUCUCCGCCAUGUACUGGUACAACUACGAGAGGGGCAAGAAGUGGCUGUGCAAGCGCUACAACACCAGAGAGCCCACGUUCACCAUGACCUUCAUAUCGGGCGCUACGUCUGGCUCUUUUGCCUCCAUAGUGACGUUACCAUUUGACGUGGUCAAAACCAGACGGCAGGUGGAACUUGGGGAGCUGCAAGCGAUGAAUUUAUCACACCAGGCCUCCUCCACCUUCAGUGUGAUGAAGAGGAUUGUGGCACAACAUGGCGUCACAGGCUUGUUUGCGGGUUUCCUCCCUCGCCUCAUCAAAGUGGCGCCGGCCUGCGCCAUCAUGAUCAGCACCUACGAGUUCGGGAAGGCUUUUUUCCGCAAGCACAACCAGGAACGGACACUUGGACCUCUGCAGACCAUUCUUACUACCAAGAGAUGAUAGUUUCUGAUGCCAACAACUGAAGGAUGAGAUGAAAAAGCUGAACAGUGUAAAACCUGAUAUUGUAUAUUUUCAUGCACUUUUUUUUUCUUCAAAUUAUGUUUAUUCAAAAAAGCCAAAAUGAGUCCAAUAAAACAUAGUUUGUCUGA